AUGGCUCGCCUCACAGAUCUGCCACCAGAGAUAGCAGUUUGGAUCGGAAGCUAUUGCGACAAAGCAACAAUCAGGUCAAUCGUAUCAGUUUGCGUUCAAAGCUACAAUAACUUCAAUGCCUGCAAGUUUGAAGACUUUCGACCGCGCGGAGAUGUAGGGCGGCUUGCCUAUUACUUGCAGACGCUGGUUAUAGUCAAACCUGAGAUGCGCAUUACCCCUUGCUUAAGUGCUGCUAGGAAAGCUACAAUUGUAGUAAAUUCCUCUUGUCAGCCAAAUGACAGGAAGAAGUCACAGGAGUUACCUGAACCACCAUACGAUCUCCUAGUAGACGUGCUCAGCAGACUGCUUUUCAAGAUGAGUGCAAUUCGAUAUCUGAGGCUUGACAUUGAUUGUUUACCUAUCGAGAGUAAACGAAAGCUCGCAAAACUCAUCCACCCUUAUCACAGUACAUUGGUGGCUUCAAAGUGGAAAAUGAUGCGUGGUGCACUUAGGCCUCUAGAUAUACCCAGGCCUUUAGACACGCCACUACAACAUCGUGAGCUCCAUAUCAACGCAUCGGCAGAGGUCACUAUAGUAUUACUCGCUGGCUACGAUAGAUCACAGCUUACAUUACUUCAUUGCUACGUCGAGCGACUGUUGCCACCUGGAGAGCAGCAUCUAGAGCUAGAACAUAGCGCCGCCCAUCAGUACCGGCAGAUCAUGAGGAUGCGGAAUCUUGAGCGCCUUUAUAUUUACUUUUCACAACACGAGCAAGAUGUCGGCAUAGUCAUUCAUACGACUUUCAGGGAGAUUAGGGAGAUCACUUCCAGCUUCCCACGGUUAGAGUGGCUGAUAAUACACGAGAAUGCAGGCUCUCACAAUGGAACUUCAGGACGGUGGACAGAUACAUUAACUAUUAUGCUGCAUGUCAACAUGAUUUGCAAUCACCUGAAAAACGACACAAACCUUACUCAUCUGGCCUUUGCUAUCCCUUCCCGCCGGGCAGUGGAAAUCACAAGGCACGAUCUACCCAGAGCUCCAUCAGCAGAAAGUGAAAUCACGAGAUGGUAUUUACGGUUGGCGCGCAUGCUUGUGGAGGCCAGUCCACAACUACAACAUGUGGCCAUUAUGGAUAAUUGGCCUUAUUACUACUCUGCUAGAAAGGGCGAUGAUGGAGUAACAACAACUGAAAAGAAGGAUGAACGAAACAUUGGUCCAUCGUCAAGUUUCCCUCGCGGGCUCCGGUCUUAG